AUGAACUUUGCCUUUCCGCACUUCACGCGUGCCAGCACGGACAAUGCGUACACGCAACCGCCCCAGAAAUCGCUGCUGGAGUUGGUAGUUGAGGCCAAGGGCAGACUAGGCCUAGUGCCGCAGCGCGAUGCGAUGAAGCGACCCCCCUCGUCGUCCCCGUUCAGCCACUUUUCAGAGAGCGACGAGGAAGGUGAGGGCGCCGAUGGCGGCGUGAACAGGGCGGAGGCGCGGCAGGAUGCGGUGCUUACCACGCGCACCUCCUGGGUGCCGCCAACGUAUCUGCUCGACUACUUCUUUUCUGGCGAGUUCCUCUCCGUCUUCUUGUCGUUGCACAGCAUCAGCGCCUCGCGUCCGGUGUCGAUGCUAGUGCCGCCGCUGUUGACGGUGCGCGAUGCGCAGCUGCACCCCCUCGUUGAGACCGGUUUCUCCUCCAUUUUGCGAAACGCGGCACACAGCAGUUCUCGUCAGCAGCGUAAUCGUGGCAGUGGUGACGGGCGCGGUGGUAUAUGGGGAGGACGAGGAGGUCGUGGUGGCGGUCGUGACGGCGCUUUCGCCGGAAACCUACUCCGCGGCGGCGGUGAGCAGGGCUACAUGGAGAGUCACCCAGGCGCAGCCAACAUCGGCGACCCUUCGAUCUCUUACUGGGGAGCCACAGAGCAGUACCAGCUGCAGGGCUCGGUGCUCGGUGCUGACGAGGGCAAUAGCAAUGGUGCAGCAGAGCCAAACGCAUCGCGCUCGGCUUAUUUGUUUUCCACCGAUUCGCAGCGUAGGGUGGAUGAUCCUGCGGUGACUCAGCCGGCACAGCUGCUGCUUCGGGGGUUGCAGCAGAUUGCCCUCCCUGCUCUCCUUCUUGGCGACCAUGUGCUUCUCAGCGGCCCGCGCGGCAUCGGCAAGCGCACAGCGGCGCUGCUCUCCACUGGUGCCAACGUUCUGGCAUUUACUAGCAACGCCGACCCCAGCGCCGCCGAAGAGACCGAAGCUCCUCCAGCGCCAGCGGAGGGUGAAGGGGAGGCAUCGGCCGAUAGGUCGCCAGCUGCGGCUGAGGAGCCCGCAUGCGCUUUUCCCACCAAGGCAGGGGUUAAGCAGGAGGAGGCAACGGAGAGCACCGGGGAUGCGGCAGACGCUCACCCAGCUCCAGCAGAUCCCGCUGCUGCCUCCUCUCCUGCAUCGUCACCGACUCCGCGUGCGUUGAUUGUCUUGUCGUCCUACCCAGAGGUGCUCUCCGCGGCGCACUGGCUAGAGUCUGUCUUCGGUCCUGCGGCAUUUGCUCUAUAUACUUUUCAGAAGGAUGAAGUUGCGCUCUCUCCGCUACUGGAGGUACCUACGACUGAGCAGCCGCCAGCGGCACUGGACCCCGACAAGGGCGCCUACUCAAGCGACGCUCUCGGCCACGUCGGUAUGAUGCCCGCUUUCUCCGAGAUCACUAGCGGUCGCCGCUUUAUUGGGCCGCCGCUGUCGCUUCCCUUCAUCACUGACACGGCCAGUGCCACCGGUGCUGUCUGUGCUUCGGCGCUGUUACCGGCUGACCCCACGCAGUCCGAUUCUGCUGUUCUUCAAGCAGAGGCGACAGCACCUGCUCUUGCAGAGCUGGCGGCCCUCGUGAUGGAUGCAGUGCUCCCUGCAGUGGCCUCCGGAGCUGCGCAGGGCUCGGCUGGGGAGCGUGCGAGUGGCGGAGAUGCUAAACCAAAGCGGAGACGGCACUCGGAAGACGAGGAGGAGAGUGAUGACGAUGCCAGCAAGCAGCGUGGCGAGAAGUGGUCUUCCUGCACGCAUCGCCGCCACCAUCGCCACCGCAGUGAGCGCGACGAGCUCGAGAGCGACACCGAAGAGACCAGGCGAGAGGGUCGUCGUGAGAAACAUUCGUCAUACUCCAGCCACCGCCAUCGUCGUCACAGCCGGCACGGCGACCACAGUGAUCGAGGAGAGGAGGCGGAGAGUCGACUGGGGAGGAGCGCAAGCGGCGGCGGCCGCCACCAUCGUCACCACCGUCACAGUGAAGUUGACGGUGAUGCCCGUGUCAAGGACAGGCGGUCAGCUGAUGACAAGGAGCGGGACUCGCGGCGGCGCAGCAGCCAUCGAAGAAGCAGCAGCCACCACCACCACAGCAGUAGCCGCAGCCACAGUCACCUACGUCACGGCCGCAGCGACGAGCGUCUGCCCCGUCGCCGGAGCAGUCGUCAUCGCCACCACCGUAGCAGCAGCCACCGAGGCCGGCACGACGAGGUCACGAGCAGCGCUUCAUUUUCGUCCUGCUCCUCGCCUUCCGCAGUCACCUCGCCCACUUCCUCUCUUCGUUGUCAUCUCUCAGGACCGCCUCCUUUGACGCUCACCAACGCGGAGGCAGCUCUGCCACUGGCGCUUGAUGACAGUUUAGCACCGCCGACGGGUGACGAGCUGCGCGUUCUUGCGCUAGACACUGGUGCGCCGCCUGCUGUGUCAACGGAGGCGCCGGUGACCCCCUUCGCCGGCGGCGCUGUCGUCGAGGAGCUGGCCAUGGCUGCCGAGAGGCUGCAAGAAGUGGCUGAGGAAGACCCUACAGCGGAACGGUCAGAUAUCCUGCGCCAGCGCGUGCCGCUGCUGAUCACCACCUAUCACGCCCUGCAGACGGUGCUCGGAAUGGUGCAGGGGGAGGCGUCAGCCCUGCCGCCACUGGAGCAUGUGCGCGUGGCGUUGUUCGCCAACCUCGAAAGGGCGCUCAUGCCGCCGCUGAAGGAAUCUUUUCUCCAUUCAUGGUGGCUGUCGUUGGUGAAUGCGCUGGAUGUGGAGUGUCAGUUCGUGGUGACAGCUGAUCGCAUGGGUCGCGAGGUGCGCGGCUUCCUCGACAGCACCGUCAUACCAGACGCAGGGGAGCGACUCGUGCACUUUGAUCAGCGCGACGCGUCGGUAUGGGCGAUGAUGAACGUGCAAGUGCGUGCGGUACCGGUGGAGGUACCGGUGGCUGCUUCUCCACCGAACAGCGGCAACGCAGGACGCCCCCGCAUCUCUGGAAGCGACAUCGACGCAGCCAAGGUGGCGCACCUAUUUUCUAUCAUCACCGAGCACAUGUCUUCAGCCGACAGCCAUGCGACACGCGACGGAGACGUUUCUGCGUUCGCGGCUCACCGUGGCAGACAGGGUGCGCGUGUGGUGGUCAUCUGUUCCGCUCGUCGUGAGCAGGCGCUGGUGGUGACACAGCUCCAGGGUCUUCUCGGCGAUCAUGAGCACGACACACACGCUGCGGUGGUGCGGGUGACAGAACGAGCAGAGCUGUUCCGAGCGUCCGGAGCGGAGGUGCUGGUGCUGACGGAUGCGCAGCUGGCCGAUCCUCGCGUGGCUCGUGAUGUGCAACACUGCACCGACGUGGACCUAAUUCUGCACUUCUCCUUGCCACGGCCGGUGAUGACGCAGCUGGAGAAGAAGGAGAUCAUCGACUUGCUUGCGCAGCGCGGCCGCACCAUCCUUGGGAACUCGAAGCAGUUCUGUGCCCGUCGCUGGUGGCGCACUGCGGCUGUGGCGUCCGCUGCUGGUGUCGGUGCUGCUUCAGGUGCGCCGAACAACGCCCUCGACUUUGUGCCAGUCAAGGUGGAGUGUCAGCUACUGAUGACGGAGCACAACGUCCACGGGCGUGCCGGGUCAUGCGUGAUGGGGGCGCUGCAGGAGGUGAGCGACGGCUAA